UCCCGAAGAAUUAAAUGCUCAGAUUUUGAAACCGAACGAAGAACAUGAAACACCCCCACUCCAGAUGCCGGACUGAAGCGAAAUUCACUAGAAUGUCAAAAGGUUCGCUAUAAUAAAAUUUUCAGUCUCCUCUCUCCCUCCGAUUCAAUUUCUCCGGUUCUCAAUGGAAGACGCGUACGCCAGAUCCAUCGCCGAGGUUUUGGAUUUUUUUGGGGUAGACCCUAUGAAAGGGCUCAGCGAUUCUCAGGUGACGCUACAUUCAAAAAUUCACGGUAAAAACGUGCUGCCUGAAGAGACAAGGACUCCCUUUUGGAAAUUAGUUCUAAAACAGUUCGAUGAUUUGCUUGUUAAAAUAUUGAUUGCUGCUGCCGCUGUUUCUCUUGUUUUGGCUUUGAUUAAUGGGGAAACUGGCUUGACAGCUUUUUUGGAGCCUUUUGUCAUCUUGUUGAUUUUGGCUGCCAAUGCAGCUGUAGGUGUAAUUACAGAAACAAAUGCUGAGAGGUCUCUUGAGGAAUUACGUGCCUAUCAAGCUGAUAUUGCUACCGUGCUGCGAAAUGGUUGUUUUUCCAUCCUUCCUGCUACCGAGCUUGUUCCAGGUGAUAUUGUGGAAGUCAGUGUGGGAUGCAAGGUUCCAGCUGACAUGAGAAUGAUUGAAAUGUUAAGUAAUCAGCUACGUGCUGAUCAAGCAAUCCUUACUGGUGAGAGCUGUUCUGUUGAAAAAGAGCUUGAGGUCACCAUAGCAACAAAUGCUGUAUACCAGGACAAAACGAAUAUUCUCUUCUCGGGUACAGUAGUGGUUGCGGGUAGGGCAAGAGCUGUUGUUGUUGGAGUUGGAGCUAAUACUGCCAUGGGGAGCAUCCGUGAUUCCAUGUUGCAUACAGAUGAUGAGGUGACUCCAUUAAAGAAGAAGCUGGAUGAAUUUGGCACUUUUUUGGCUAAGGUUAUUACGGGGAUUUGUAUACUUGUGUGGAUUGUAAACAUUGGUCACUUCCACGACCCUUCUCAUGGUGGGUUUUUGCGCGGUGCAAUCCACUAUUUCAAGAUUGCAGUUGCUCUUGCGGUUGCAGCAAUUCCUGAAGGGCUUCCAGCAGUUGUUACAACGUGUUUGGCUCUUGGAACAAAACGUAUGGCUCGGUUGAAUGCCAUUGUGCGGUCGUUGCCAUCCGUUGAAACUUUAGGCUGCACUACAGUAAUCUGCAGUGACAAGACCGGAACAUUGACAACUAAUAUGAUGUCUGUUUCAAAGAUAUGUGUUGUUCAUUCCGUUCAUCAUGGUCCAACAAUUGCUGAAUACAGUGUGAGUGGGACAAGUUAUGCUCCAGAAGGCAUUAUUUUUGGCAGUUCUGGCAUGCAGAUUCAGUUUCCAGCUCAGUUGCCUUCUCUUCUUCAUGUGGCUAUGUGUUCAGCCAUUUGCAAUGAGUCUAUCUUACAGUACAAUCCAGACAAGGGAAGCUAUGAAAAAAUUGGGGAGUCCACUGAAGUAGCGCUACGUGUUCUGGCGGAGAAGGUUGGCCUUCCUGGUUUUGAUUCCAUGCCUUCUGCACUGCAUAUGUUGAGCAAGCAUGAGCGUGCUUCAUACUGUAAUCACUAUUGGGAAAGCCAAUUCAAAAAGGUUUCUGUUUUGGAAUUCUCUCAUGAUCGAAAGAUGAUGUCUGUCUUAUGUAGUCAGAAGCAGAAGGAGAUUAUGUUUUCAAAAGGUGCUCCAGGAAGUAUUGUUUCUAGAUGCUCCAAUAUUCUUUGCAACGAUGAUGGUUCCACUGUUCCGUUUUCUGCCGCAGUCCGAGAUGAGUUAGAGUCAAGGUUCCGCAGUUUUGCAGGAAAAGAAACAUUGAGAUGCCUGGCUCUAGCUUUCAAACAGAUGCCCAUUGGUCAACAGACUCUCUCAUUUGAGGAUGAGAAGGACCUUACAUUUAUUGGGUUGGUUGGAAUGCUUGAUCCUCCUAGAGAGGAAGUGAGAAAUGCUAUGCUUUCAUGUAUGACUGCUGGAAUACGUGUUAUAGUUGUCACUGGGGAUAACAAGUCAACAGCAGAAUCACUUUGUAAUAAGAUUGGUGCUUUUGAUCAUUUGGAAGAUUUUGCUGGACACUCAUACACUGCUUCUGAGUUUGAAGAGCUUCCUGCUUUGCAGCGAACACUGGCUUUGCAACGCAUGACACUUUUUACCAGAGUUGAACCUAGUCAUAAAAGGAUGCUGGUGGAGGCCUUACAACAUCAAAAUGAAGUGGUGGCAAUGACUGGUGAUGGGGUUAAUGAUGCACCUGCACUAAAGAAAGCAGAUAUAGGAAUUGCAAUGGGAUCUGGAACAGCAGUUGCAAAGAGUGCUUCGGAUAUGGUUUUGGCAGAUGACAAUUUUGCUUCCAUUGUAGCGGCUGUUGCGGAGGGAAGGGCUAUUUACAAUAACACAAAGCAAUUCAUCAGAUACAUGAUCUCAUCAAAUAUUGGUGAAGUUGUUUGUAUCUUUGUGGCAGCUGUAAUUGGAAUACCUGAUACCCUUGCUCCUGUCCAACUGCUCUGGGUCAAUUUGGUUACUGAUGGAUUGCCCGCAAUUGCUAUUGGUUUCAACAAGCAAGAUUCUGAUGUGAUGAAGGCUAAACCUCGCAAGGUGAAUGAAGCAGUUGUUAGCGGGUGGCUGUUUUUUCGUUAUUUGGUAAUUGGAGCUUAUGUGGGCCUUGCAACUGUUGCUGGGUUCGUGUGGUGGUUUGUGCACUCUGAUAGCGGUCCCAAACUACCAUUCAAGGAACUGAUGAAUUUUGACAGUUGCUCGACAAGGGAGACAAAUUACCCAUGUAGUAUAUUUGAUGAUAGGCAUCCAUCAACUGUAUCCAUGACAGUGCUUGUUGUUGUUGAGAUGUUUAAUGCUUUGAAUAAUCUCAGUGAGAAUCAAUCGCUUCUUGUUAUCCCUCCCUGGAGUAAUUUAUGGCUUGUUGCUUCAAUUGUCCUGACUAUGCUCCUUCACAUACUGAUCUUGUAUGUGCACCCACUAUCUACUCUAUUCUCUGUAAUGCCGUUAUCUUGGAUUGAGUGGAAAGUUGUCUUAUAUCUCUCCUUCCCUGUCAUAAUUAUUGACGAAGUUUUAAAGUUCUUCGCGAGAAAUUCCAAGGUUUCUCCAUCAUGGCUGCCGCAUCCUUGAAGCAUCUACCUGUUUCACUCAAUACCCUGAACACAAAAAUGUCACCAAUUACAUGCUUGAGGGAGGUCUCUUACUGACGGGAUUAUCUCACUGGGGAUAGGGGUGCUAAGCCUUAUUAAUAGAAUGACGAGAAAGACGUGGAGUGGAGUGAGGGGUGGUGUGAGUUGGUGGGUGGAUUUUUUUAAGGUUGGGACAGGGGAAUGAAGGCGGGGCUUCAAACUUGCUCCGGAUGAAGUGGGUGGGGGACUUGGAGGAGGGUGAAAGGUACAGUUAGGUGGUUGGAGACUGGGAGACAUGCACUGGUGUUGAGUAUGAUUGAAACGGAAGGAGGGUGGAAGUUAACUGUAACAAUUGCUGCUAUCUGAAUUUUUUUCCCCUUUUCAAUGUAAAAUGUUGUUUCUGUCUCUGGUUAUUGGGGAGGUAUGUCAAUAGUUUUGAACCUUAAACUGCUUGUAGUUUAGAUGAUUAGAUAUUCACAUCAUUGAACUGGUUCAAUAUUUUGGAGGAUAACAUGUGGGGGAGCAUAUAAAUGCAUGGAUAUUUUAUUUAUUUAUAUGGGCACAGAGACACACACAGAUGCUGGCAAUGGUUAUGAACUUAAUUCUGGUGCCAAAAUAUAUGGUGAGUAAAACAGUUAUCAA